AGCUCUGGUUAAAUCAGAUCAACAACAGUUUUCGUCGCUGAAAAGGUGCGAAUCUGUACGUAGAAGUGUUAAUAUUGCAUCCAGUUUGUUCGGAACAUUGUACCACUGCGACCAUUUGAUGUGUUUGUUCAACUUGUUGAUUUGAAGCAUCGGAAACGAAAGAAACCAGCAGCGACUGGUAGAGGCUUGCUUAGCGCAACUCCAGUCUUGCGGGCGCUAGAAAGCUGAAGUCAGACAAAAUGGAAGACGACAACAGUAGCGAAUACAACGAUGGCGAUAUAGUUUGGGUGAAGCUCAGUUACUGCUGGUGGCCGGGAGAGGUAUUGUCCGGUGAGCGGCUGACCGAUGACUUCGUCUCCACACUCAAACGGCGGCCGCUUGCUGUUGUGAAGUUUUUCGACGAAGAUUCAUACGAAUAUGUAAAGAACACCAAUUUUAUUUACAAGUACAACUGCAACAGAAAGAAUGAGUUCUUAAAGAAAGGGUUAGAGCAAUACCGAUCGAAGAACAAACACAUGGAAAAGUUCCCGUCAGAUGUGAUGCAUGCUGAACGUGCCACCGGUGGAGAUCCAAAUAUCGUUAAUUCAAGCGAUUUUCUGCCCCAGAAGCGCGAAAGCUACUCCAAUAUAUUUCAGCCGGAUAGCAACAGCAAAGCUAAAGGCAAAGCAUCAACGCCACGUUUCUCUAAAAAAUCAUUGUCACCCAGUAAAGUCAUACCUGUUAUUCCGGUAAGAAAGCAUGAGGUGCGAAUUUUAGCCCAGUCUUCAACAGCCACGGGAGUUAAUAUGGAUAACCGAGGAUUAUUGACGCCCUCGAACCAGCAGUCACCACUCUCAGCAACGUCGAGGCUCAUCCAUUCGUCGCUUAAUUCUUCGCUCGAGCACAGAACCCCUGACAACGGUGUUCCAUUGCUACACAAUUCCAUUUCUCCCUCACAGAUUUACCACUGCCACAAGUGUGGCUUCGAGAGCGGCCGCCAGAAUGUUAUUGUGCUGCAUACUAAAUACUGUCGUGCUGUCCCAAUAGUACCAUUGAAUGUAUCUUCUCUAAGAGCUUCGAAACCAACCACUUCGACUCCGAAUAUAGCUACGGAAGCAUCAAAAGCAAUGGAUGCUAACGAUGCAGAGCUACCCGCUAUAAAAAUAGAGCAUGUUGAUGAUGUUGAGGCAAGCGUGCAACAAGAAGAGAUGGUCGAGGUAAUUCAAGUUCUAGAAUCAUCGACAGUGCAAGGUCGUUCUAGUCGUGCCUCGAGAACCGCCGCGAUGUCUGCUACUCCAACGCCAAAACUGGAUCGGCGAAAGAAUCGCAGUCGCGGGAAGACAGCGGUGAAUGAAGUUCCCAUAAUCGACAGCAACGACAAUGUGGAUGCUGUGGUCAUGAAAGUAGAAAACACCGAAGAGCCGAUUGCAGAAGGUGCCGGAGAUGUAGAUGGAAAAAAGACUUCGAGUACGUCAGAACACAAGGACGAAAAAGACAUUAAAAACAAACCAGAUGUGGAGCUGAAAAACGAACUUCUAGCAGAUUGGAGUGAAGAUGAGCAGGACGACCAGGAUGAAGAAGCUCAAAAUCAAGAUAAAAGUGCAACAAAGACAUCAACUCCUACGGGUGACGUUGAAAAAGAUGCCAUCAGUGCAGAGAAGACUGCUCAUGCAUCGAAUGACGGCACCAUAGAAAAAUCGGCGGAGUUAUCUCCACAAAUAACUUCUCCGGUUUCCUCUUCUGCAACUACAAUUAAAUAUCGGAAUAUACCGAAAAAACAGAAAAGGGAAUUUAUCGAAGUAACAAACGAUCAACCAUCGCAACCGGUGAGUGCGAUUGAAAAAUCAUCCAGCGAUAGCAGUAUCAGUACUGCGGCGACUUGCGGAGAAACGCUAAGUGGACCGGACAAAACACCAACUUCGGGUGACGCGUCUUCUGAACGACCGAUCAGUGCUAAACAACGCAUUCUUGACCGAGCUACUCGUGCUUCAAGCAAGUCGAUUAGCAGUGACGAUUUAAAGCAAGAGAUUUCAUCGAAAGCAGCUACCCUUGAUAAUCAACAAACAUCCGAAGAAGAAUUAAAGAAAGAAACAUCCUGUUUUGAUUUCAAAGAAGAAGAGGAAGAGGAAGUGAUCCUCAACAAGUCCCCCAGAAGAUCACUUUCUAACAGACGUGAUACGUCCCUAGAACUCAACACAAGCGUUCCAGAUAUUGUUGUCAAAGAUCAGGAUGAUCAGCAAGAGCGUGCGAAAAAAGAUGCCAAUCUUCGAAAUGAGAUUGAAUCACUGCUUUCGGAAACCAGUGUACCAAAUUUGCCAGAGCUUCCCAAGACAUCCAGAACAGUUUCACCGGUUCCGUCUUCUUCUUCAACCGAAACCACACCUCAAUCGAAAGAAGAUAUAGAUCGCAACCGAACCCUUCCUCCCAAAGAGCGAGGUAAGCGCAUCUUUAAGACGCGCAACAAGGUAAUAGAGAACGAAGCAAUAGCUCUCGAGCAGUCGAAGGCUAUUGUUAUGGAUUUCGUUAAAAAGUCACACGAGGAAGAACUUGCUGAGCUUCGAGAACAGCAAGAAGCCGAAGCAAAACAGUGCUCAGAAUCACCAACAACCACCAAUGAUGAUUCGCAGGAGUCGUUGACCUUGAAUGAACCAGUACGUUUUGAGAACUCCGAAUUUGCAGCAAUCAAAGCUAAGCGAACAAAAUUACCACAAACAAACGACUCUAAAGUUGCAACAGAAAGCAAAGAAAAGCCUCAAGAAUCAUUUGUCAGCUCCAGUAACGAAACGAAAACAGCAGAUACUGAGUCGAUACCAGUAUCGAUCAGUAAGGAACAGCUUGCUUUGGAUGCGCUAGAAAAAACUCCGGUUCCCUCUCAAAUCACUAAAGGUAAAAAGGGUAAGUACCGGAAGUCAAACGCUCCCAUUUCAGUGGUAAGUAAAUCAUUCGAAGAUGUUGAGGUAGAACAGCCACCUCGCGUCGAGGAACCUACCCAAAAGCGAAGAAAGAAGCGUUCAAGCGAACUGGAAAAUCUUGAUCUCACAGCUCUCGACACUCCGCGUUCACGAAGAGGCCGAAGCGUUAAACAGGAAGAACCAGCCACACCCGAAAUGGUAGAGUCGAUGCAAUCCAACUUAUCGGACAAACAACGUAAAAUGAAACGUUCGAAGAAGGAAGAGUUAAGUGAAGAGGUGCCCCAGGUGGAAAUCCGAAUUCACGAGAAACUUCCCAGUGAAACGAUGUCACCAGUUGACAAAAAGGGUGAACCUGAUGCUGUGAGGCCCAAACGAUAUAAGCAUCUACAGCAGCAUUCAGCAGAUUCAACGGCUGACUUACAAGCAGAACCUGAGCCUUUUGUUCUUAUCAAUGAAGGCGCAGACAAAAAAACAUCGGUGCCCGACGCGGAAUCUGCCAAACAACAUCCGUUGAAAAUGAUUAUAAAAUCCAAGGGCAGAAAAACUAAUGCGGAGAUUGUUUUCGAUCAGGUAAUUACAUCCCCAGAAUCGGAAAAUGCUGAAGAGCUUAAGGAAUGUUCACCAAUUUCACUUAAAAGUUCCAAAAGAAAAAAGGGUACAGGGGGCAUCUUGCUUGAUAAUAGUGAAAAACAGCCUGGACCCGAAACGUCCUUUCCAUCCACGCAGGACAACUCGGGUAAAUCAUUAAAACCGAAGCGGCCAAAGUUCAAACAAUUAUGUGACAAAGAAUUGACAAAAUUCAGCGAAAAUUUGCAAUUGGAUUCGCCAUCACUCGAAAGAAGUGAACCUGCUGGGCCCAGUGUGACCGACUUGCAAAUUGCGGAGGCUUUGAUUAACCUUCCAGAAGCUGCUCCUACUAAAGCUGUUGUUCGAGAACACGAGCCGGUUGACAAAAAAUCGAAUAAUUCACCACUCCCAGUUACCGCGACUAUUAGUGGUUCCACCGUAAAGACGAUAAAUCCACGAAAACGACAUUUACAAACACUUCUGAGCAGUCCGGAAGUUCUUGAACAACCUAAGCAAACUGGCAGUAAAAUCAUUCCAGAAAAGAAAAAACGAGAGACGAUAGAGGUCGUUAGUGUAGCUCCAGCGACGAUUGUUUUGGACAAAUCAACCGUGGCAAAUUCUAUCAACACCUUGGAUGACGAUAAAUUCGACAUUAAUAACAUCCCGAUAGUGAUGGAUGAUAGUGAGCUUUUGGAGGAUUCGACCAUUUCAACUACCACCGUUGCUGGUAUUGUUCCAAAUUCGUCAGAUGUAAAUGUGGAAGAGGAUAAUGAUGAAGAGAAAUUACCCUUGAAAACGAAGUCAGCGCCGAAGGCGACAAUCGUGGUUCUGAAAAAUUCCAACGACUCGUCCAAUCCGGAGGAACAGAAGGAACCUGCACGUGAAAUUUCAUCUCCUGUGCCGAGAAGAACACCUGGCGUUAAGUCUACAACCAUCACGAUUAAAACCCCAUGUGAUCAAUUAUCUCCACGACAAACGCAAUCACCAGCCCAUUCUCCGCCAAUACGAUCGGCGCAGUUAGUGCAAGCGGGCAGCGGUGGCCAAAUCGUGAUUACUAGCAAGGGAACCGUUUUGACAACCCAAUCCUCUGCCACCUCUUCGAAGACUAAUCUGACUGUCGCAUCAAAGGCACAAGUAGUAACAACACAAUCAUCAACUAAGAAAAGUACAGUAACUUCGGCCAGUAGCCUGAGUGCUAUAAGCAGCUCAACUACCAAACCUCUUCCUUCAUCGGCCACUACCAAUCAACAACGCACCAACAACAGUGGGGGGAACUCAAAUUCGAGAGCCGCAUCCAUCAAGUCGUCCGCCAAGAUAUCUGUACAAUCUCAAGAAAUAAUUAAUCAUCCGGGCAAAGCGCGGUCUACGACAAAAGAAUCUGAAUCAACUUCUCUUAAAAAGACAGAAAUGUCGAAAAAAUAUGCAUCCAGCUCAUCGCCGCCAAAAAAAGUGAUUAUGAAAAAACUAUCUGAUUCUGUGUUGUCCAGUGGAAAGCCAUUAUUCUCAACGUCGAAAGGAGCGCCAAUUACGCCCCAACCGGCGACAUCCUCUGCUCUAAACCACGGCAAAAAAGCCCACCGAGUGAUAAAGAUUUCACCACAGAAACUUAAAGAAUUCACGCGCUUGGGUAUGGUUGAAGACAAAGGUCAGGGCAAAGUACUGACAGCCAGUGGUAUGAGGAAGUUCCGACAGGAACAACAGCUUCUUCAACAACAACAGAAGUCAAAAUCUGGCGAAUCGAAGAAAGUGUCCCGAGCGGAUUCUGUCGAUGAGGAGCCAUCCACAUCCACUCCCACGCCUCCACCUCCUAGUGACACUCCUAGUGAAGUAGUGAUCGCAGCAGCAGCUGAUUCAUCAGUGAAAGAAAUUCCAGUUAUUUCCUCUGACGUUGAAGAGCCAAUAGAUGUGGCUCCUUCGACGUCUACCGUGCAAUCUCCGGAAAAAUCGGCUUCUCCGGACAUCAACACAGAUGAAUCGUUACCGGUGGAGGAAAAUGAAGCGGAUGCCACCAUUGGAGAGACGGAGGUAGAGAGUAGCACCGCGAACGCAGCAGAAGAAUCAGAGCCACCUGGUGAAGCUGUAGAGACGGUAGAGUCCGUCCAUACAAUAGCAGAAACAUCUGCCGAAACCGCUGAACCCGGUUCCAAUGUACAAGAAUCCUCCCAAUUAAUAGCAGUUCCAGCUGAAAACUUCGGUGGGCCUGCUAACCUUUUCUAUCUUUGUUCGGUCAGGGAGGAAGGUUUCGUUCCUGUGAACAACGAGUUAUUAUACUUGGAUUCUUCGAAUCAGCUAGUAGCUCUGCCAGAGCACUCAUCGGUCGAGGAUUUAGUCAACCAAGCGGAAGUGCUUGAAAUAUCUACAGGUAGUGAUCAAGCAACAGUGGUGACUGCUACUGCUUCUGGCGACAUCGAAGGAGUUGGCGAAGCUGGUCAGCAGAAUAUACUGCUGAACACACAGGACGGACAACAGAUCAUUCUAGAUCAACAAAGUUUAAUGGCGCUGGCAGCCGGUGGCGACACAUCGCAUCUUCUUACCCCCGAUGGACAGCAGAUUUUAUUGCAAGGUUCGGCACAAGAGCUGCUGGCAGCAUUGGCCGUAAGUCAAGCAAGCCUCGGAAUUGUGGCCGCAGAAGGCACACAAAUCAUUGUGGCAUCAGAAUCGUUGAUUGAUCUUCAAGAUGCACCUUUGCCUGGUGAAAUUAUCCAGGUUAAUCCGAACACAACUGUCGAGACGAAUGCUGUAUUAACGAAACCUCCGAUCAUGUCGACGGUGGAAGUACCCACAAAGAACGGCAACGGAGCGGAAGCGUCAAUACACUCUCCGGAACAGAAGACCCUAGAAACCGUGUCAACGAACCUCGAUGAAAGCCUCGCCGCUGUAAUUGGAGUUCCAGGAAAUCCGAAUGUACCCACAUCACUGGAAUUACCAAUCACCGUUACUAAUCCGGUCAUUGCAAAAACGACGACCAGUAAAAUCAAUCCCAUCUAUCCCCCGACCACGGCUAUAUCCACAAUCGGGAUCGAUCCGGCGGCAGCAAUCAUUGACCUACCGACGGUAGCACAAACAGGUACAGAUAACUCAAACGUUGAAACACAAGAGCAUUAUUCUAGUGAUGACAAAAACAGUGACACAGGAAGAUUAGUUGAUGAAGAUGAAGCUGAAAUGAUAACAGCGACUAAUGGUAAAACCACUGACGUAGAUGAUGAAAAUCGUGAGGUAGAUGCUGAAGACGACCUUGAUGAGAUCAUUCCCAACACGCCAGAAUCUCAGAUGAAUAGUCAUGCUGAUAUUUCAUCCCAGUUUAGUGACGAUGAAUCUGAGGCGACGGUACCAAUUCCAAAUGUCGAAGGAGAUGAUGAUGAGGAAGACAAUGACUCUAAUUGCAGCGAAAUCAUUCCCAUACAACCAAAUAUCGUUAUUUUGAGGAGCAUCAACAAUGAACUCAUCAGUAAUGACAACAGUAGUGAUAUGGAGAUUGAAAAUCCUAACACGACUUCGGGAAACGAGGAAAACGAUCCCAACCAAACAUCGAACCCCGAUGAGACAGUGUUUGAUGCAGCUAAUAAUUCUGUAGUUGAAAGAUAAUAUCUGAGAAGGGAGAGUGCAAGAUCCACAGAUUUCAUUUCUCUAACCCAGGUUGAGCCUGGUAUCAAUUACGGUGUGUCGCCAACAGAGCAGCCAAGGUCAAAAAUGGUUCAGACUAUCUCAGCCAAUAGCUCUACUUUGCAUUCUACGUCAUCGUCAUCAUCAUCAUUAUCAUCAUCGUCAUACCCAUUCUCGAUGAACCGUUAUAAUCCGCAUACCUUCGUCUCCAACCGAAACAACAACAGCAAUACUAUCUCCCCAACGACAACACAGCAUCCGUUUUUUUAAACUACAACACCACAUUAGAGCGGCUUCCAUAGACUCUCUAACAUCAAUUAAAUCCAUCUGGGAAUAGGAACCGCUGGAUAUUACCGACAUUAUCGAGUCAAUCAAAGGCAACACAAAACACACAUACACAUCAAUCUAAUAAGCGAAGGCAGCGGUCUCGACUCUAUAAUACUAUCGCCGCCAGCACUUAGCCCUGUAUAUAAAUAAUGUAACCUAGCCUAAGCUAGUAUAGAUUUAGCCAAUAGGAGCGUAUUUUUGUUGAGGAGUAUGAUUACUAUGAUUUUUUUAAACGUUUUCGUUGUUUUCAAUUACCAUUUUCCCACUUUUCCUAAUUUUGUCAAUGCGUGUUUAUCCUCACAUACUCACCGUCUAUGUAUCCCUUUCCCCUGCUUGUAUAGAUACCAUAAGUUUAUAUGAAUUGUAUUCUAAGCAUUGGACGAUUUAAUUUCCGAAAAUGUCAUUAGUGACAUUUGGAACUUUUAUCAUUCUAAAGGCAGUGUUUAGCAAACUGUUCAAUUUUCUAUUACAAUAAAAUAUAUAAAUAUAUAUAUAUACACGUAUAAGAAAAGUGAGUCCCCUUUGUAAUAUAAGAUUACAUAGUGUAUUGGAAAAACGAAGAGAUUUUAAAUCUCUUAUAAAAUGUACUGAGUGUAUCGUUUCCUGAUUGUUAAAACUGGUAGAAGCUACAGUUGGUGAAAUGCUUUGACGCUAGAAGUAACAUUGUUGCUUUCAAGCGUAUGGUUAUACUUUUUUUUCUCAACAAUCCCACAGGUAAACUAUUGGAAAACUCAUACUAGGGUGUAGUGGCUUAGUUCGUAAGAUUAUUCUUCUAUUAUUGUAUAAUCAUCUGAAUAUCAAACGAAUUGUGCCGAUGUGUAAACAUGGAGUGAGUGGAAUUGUUGUCGACGGUUCUAGGUCGUGUUUCGGGAACGCCGGAUUGGUGAGCAACGAAACGUAGUUAAGAUGAUGGUACGAUCAAGUAGUUUUGUCACGUCCACACAUGAUACACACUCGAUACACUUACUAUUACUGAUAUGUAUUUAUAAGCGUAAAAUAUAGUAACUAAAUUUAAUUAAUUAUUGUGUAGCGAAUAAAUAUUAUGAAAUCAAA